AUGGCUUCGGACGACGCGUUGGAGAAAGACGGCAUCGCGCCGUCUCCCUUCGAAAAGGUAGAGGGGGCUGGGGGGGUCGAGAAUGACCCGUCGUCCGCCGGCCAGGGUCAAGUCCAACACCAAACAACCGACCGUGUGAUUCAGGGAGCGAAGACGGCAACGGAGAAGGAGCAGAAGAUGACCCUCUUGCAGGGGAUCAAAUUGUAUCCGAAGGCCAUCGCAUGGAGUAUUCUCAUCUCGACGUGUAUCGUAAUGGAAGGCUAUGACGUUUGUCUUAUCAACAAUUUCUAUGCUUUCCCACAGUUCAACAAAAAGUAUGGCGAGCGGCUACCCAGCGGGGACUGGGAAGUGACGGCCCCCUGGCAAGCCGGACUAAGUAAUGGGGCCAACGUUGGUGAACUCAUCGGACUCCUCAUCAACGGAUGGGUGUCGGAGCGAUUCGGCUAUCGCUGGACCGUGAUUGUCUGCCUCAUGCUGAUCAACGCCUGGACGGCGCUGUUUUUCACUGCGCAAAAUGUUCAGACUCUUUUGGCAGCCGAGAUCCUUUGCGGAAUU